AUGGCCUCCACAAUAGCAGUUGAUCAACUUAGCAAAACUCUCAUUGGCUUUGCAUCAAAUGGAGAAUUUCCUAAUGAGGAAGUCUCUGCAUCUGCGGUUGGAAAUGAAGCUCUUCCACUAGCUAUAGAAGCUUUGGGUGAGGCUAAAUUAUCCCUCGAGACUGAAGUUCGUCAAAUCAGUAGAGAUUCCGCUGUCGAUAUCGAUACAUGGAUACAACACGCGCAAGCCCUCCAGGACGAUAUCGACAAGUCAAGAAAACUGGCGAAUGAAGUCGUUCAACAAGCAGAAGCGGAUGAAUCUCGAGUUACCGAUGUACACAAUCAUGAAAACCAUGUUGAACUUUUAGUGAAGGAGAUUGAGUUCAAUGCACACUUACUGGAAUGUGCACAAUCCAUAAAACGUGCGAAUGAUUCCCUGGACAGAGUUGUGGAGCAGGCGGACAAACAAGAAAUACAUGAAGCUUUAAAGUCACUCGAUAUUGCAGGUCAUCAAAUUGCGGAGAUUCCAGCGGAAACUACUGUAAGAGCGGUUCGGCUCCUGGAUACACGAUACUAUGAGUUGAAGGGAUCUUUGAAUGGUCAGCUUAGUGAGAUCCGGAAAUCAUUGAUAUAUAUCCAACCUAAAGAAGCUUCUAUCACGAUCCACAAGAAAUUUGACGGUAUUUCAACAUCUUUGGAUGAUGUUGCAAUAGGAUUGGAGAGAUUUCAAGAGCUUGGCGAAUUUGGCAAAGAUCUAUGGGAGCAAUUGUCUGAAACAAUUAUACGACCUCGUACUGGCCUGGAAUCAUCACCUUCUGUUUUCCAAAUAUGUAUUGAGAAUAACACUUUGCGUGUUACUGAAGAUCGUUCAGAUACUAGCAUUAAAUCUUUGUUCAAGGAUCUCUUAGACAUCAUUCGCUUUUUGGACGAGAACCUGCCCAAGACAAUGGUCGAAGCCUUGUCUAAGGUUAUGAUGCCUGAUCUAACUGAAAUAAUAAUCGGAACAUGGCUAGAGUCAUCUGUACCAACGUCCCUAGACGAUAUGGUCGAUUACCAAAAGGCUUUAGGUCGUACAGGUGAAUUUGCCGAUACUUUGAGAGAAUUAGGAUGGCCUGGAGCAGAGAAAUUCGAUGAAUGGGUUUUCAGCGCCGCUAGAAUUUGGUUGACUAAGAAGCGAGAAACAUCACUGGACCGAGUUCGUAAUGCUUUAGCCCUUGGCGUUGGCCAACCUCUUGAAGCUAAACGAGUUGAAAUGCGUAUGGUGACCAGGGAUGACGGUAUGCAUGUCACUUCAAAUGGCGAGACUGUGAGAGAUGAAUGGGGCUGGGGUGAAGAAGACGAAGAGGAAGAGACUCAACCUAUUCCAAGAAGCCGAGCUUCUUUUGACGAGGAAAGAAGGGCAAGCUCGCUGUCCAUUACUCCUGAUCCAAAUAUUCUUCAAGUAGAUGAAGAAGAUGCCUGGGGCUGGGGUGACGAUAAUGAAGUUGCUGUCGAAACGCCUACCGAUGAAACCCCCGACACGCGCAGAGCCCCGAGGACUCAUUAUAGUCCUACUAGUCAUACCCAGUCAAAUGACCCAGCAGAAAGGCGAAACGUCACUCUCUCAGAAAAGUAUUGGACAUCUUCUAUUCCUUUGAAAAUAUUCAAUCACGUUGUCACUAUUUAUGAAGAUGGCGCCAAAUUGAUGCAGGAAGAGAACGAAUCUCUUCCCAUAUCACCUGCUGCUGGUGCCUUGUCCAAGAUCCCUACGUUGAUUUUGGCAAUGUAUCGUGCGGUGUCUCCAUGUUACUAUGUAGAUGAUCCAAAGGGAAAUAUGUUUGCUUAUAACGAUGCUACAUGGUUGGUGGAUAAAUUGAAAAGUUUCUCGAAAGAAUGGCAUCUACGAAAAGACAUAACCCCACGAGCUUUGAGUCUUGUCAACAUUGAUUCAGAGAUUGGACCUCUUGAAAGUUUUGGAAAGAGAGCUUAUAAAAAUGAGAUGGAUACACAACGGACAAUCUUACACGAUUUACUUGGUGGUUCUCAGAAUUUCGUAUAUAAUGACAGCGAGAACGCAAUCCGUGCUGUUAUCGGUCAUAUCAAUCAACAAUCUGCCUCUUGGAAAGAAAUACUUCCAUCUUCAACUUGGGCAUCGGCCGUUGGUACAUUGGUCAACACGGUAGCUACUAAAAUCAUCAACGAUAUUUUCGAACUCACAGAUUUGGGAGUGGAUGACGCUGAAAGAAUAGCAGUGCUGAUUCAACAAGUUGACGCUCUAGAAUCUUUAUUCAAAGCGAAUGAAAUUGGAACUUAUGCAGGGAAUUGGCUUAAAAUGCAAUUCCUGAGUGAAGUUCUACAGAGUAAUUUGAAGGAUAUUAGGUAUCUUUGGUUUGAAAGUCAUCUUAGUUUGUACUUUUCGAAAGACGAAGUGCGAGAUUUGAUUGAGUUGAGUUUUGAGGACAAUCCGAAUUCGAGAUCGCUGAUUAAGGAUAUUAAGGAGAAGCCGUUACCGGAUGUUAGUCGUAUGUAA